UAAAACCAGUAUCCCCGCAAACGGAGAAGCCUGCGGCUACUAGAGAGCACGAGUAGCAGAGAGCAUAAUCGAAAAUGGAGAAGUACUUUGGAAACGCUUACAGGGGCGACCCAGGAGUUCCUCAUGCCGACGCGGACCGGUUCGUGAACAUAUGGAUCGGGUCGGCUGCUUUCUCUGUUCUUACAUGGAUCAAUCCCUACAUGUGGCAACUUUCUAAUCAAUUCAAUUGGCAUGACAAAGCAAUGUUAUUUGAGCAGCAUCACUGGAAGAAGGCAAGGGCAAAGAACCAGCCAUAUAAAUUCAAGUGGAAUGAGUACAUGGACAAGGACCACCGAGACUCGUAUUACUUUAACUGGCCUGUCUACUUCCCUUAGGUUCUCCUACAUAAGAAAGGUCCAUGCUAUGAAUGUUGUCCGCAGAAGUAUUACAUUCUCCCCUUUUCUUUCUUGGCUGUCUUCCUCUCUUUUCGGUUCUGAUGAAUUUGAAGCUGUUUCAUUAAUUGAAUACUUUUUUGGUAUUUUUUUUCUUAUGAUGGAAAUUCAAUAUCUUAUCCUGUGAAAGAUUAAAAAAAAAACCAAUGAAUAUAGAAACAACAGGAGGUGAUGGGUUAGUUGAUAAUUUUAUGGCAGGUUCUAUUUCUCUA